CUGUUUUCUAACCUCUUCUCUUUUUGGAAUACCCGACCCAGCGGUGCUCGGAGCAAUGCCUUGGAGCCGUUGCUUGGCGCCGGUGCUGCCGUCACUGAGCCGAAGAAGUCGUUGCGAGGAGCCCUCCGACUCCGAGCCACCGACUCAGCGACCCCCACGGGUGGUGGUGGUGGGCGCAGGGCUCACCGGAUGCCUCACAGCAGCACUGCUGAGGCGAUCGCUCCCCCAGCUGGAACUACAGGUGUGGGAAAGGGCAACAUAUCCUUCAGGUCGCUUUGGUGCCGGUUUGGCAUUUGAGGGUCACUGGCUAGACCUGGGCGCACAGGUCUUGUCACUGAUAGAGGUGGAUUCAGGCCAUCCAAAUGCUGGGGCAGAUGGACACAACUUGCAGAGCUCUGACCUUUGUAGUGCGUGGGAAGAAGUUCAGAAGAUGGUGUCGCAAAGCUUCCUACAUCGAGUGCCUGAUGACAUGCUCGCAGCCACGGAGGAGCGGAUGAAGUACACAGGUUUGUGGGCUCAUUUCUGGUGCCACCAGGGCUUUGGGGCUUUGCAGCGGCGCUACCUAGCAGAAGCUCGUGCCGAGCUGCGUCAUGGCCGUGUGGAUGCGGUCGCUGAUGGAACGUUGGUGAUUACCAAGAGACCCAGUGGACAAGUCUUGCGGGAGGAGGCGGACUUGGUGAUCCUAGCGGUGCCCGCGCCCGAGGUCCUGCGCGUGACCGGACCGGGGCGGUGGCCGGCGGUGGCUGCGGCGUUGGAGCGGAUCCGCUAUGACCGGCGCAGCGCGGUGGGCGUGGCCUUGGACCACGCACUGCUCCUGCCAGUGGCUGAUGCCUUUGCUGGCGCAGCUGAGAUGUCCUUGGAUCUUCCUCAAUAUGUGGAAGCAGAUGACAAAGUACAUUUGAUUGCCUGGCAAAACGUGAAACGCAUGGAAUGCCAUGGCGUGUCCAGUACCUCGAUUCCGCAUGGAGAUCCCAUUCUUUUGGUGGUGCACUCCACCACCAGCGAACCCAAUUUCCACCUGAGCGACGCAUUGAAGGCAGUGAGCCAAGUCUUGGGUGUGCCAUCGUCGUUGGUGGAGGGCCUUGUUCUGAAAUCCAAAAUGGUCGAUUGGACCUCCUGUCAGAUGGUACAGCCCUUGGAAAGCAUCCCCACAAAUCUCCGGGUGGAGGAGCCAUGUUUACAGCAUGGCCGCGUCAUUGUGGCAGGAGACUUUUGGUCUCAAAGUAGCUUCUUAGGCUGUUUUUGUUCGGCCAAAGCUGCCGUGCGUUGUGCUGUAACAAAUCUGGAGGCAAAAGAAGUGAUGCCUGAGGAAGCCAGAGCAGAGCUGAAUGUUAACGGCUCCAUUUGUCUCGAUCUAGAUUUAGAAUUUAUAGAACGGCAUUUUCUGUAAUAGCAGGGUGAAGGGAACAAGCUCUUGACACCG